AUGGCAGCUCCCAUGAAUGGCUAUGAGGUAUUGUCUCAUUAUGUGGACUUCAUUGAUCAAGUAAUGGCAAAAGGCUUGGAGGAAUGGNGAGGCCAAGGAAGAGCAAGAGUCGAUUCUAAAGCAAAGACCAUCCACUCAANGUGCCUGGACUCGUUUAUCAUCGGGCACUUAAGGUGUGUGAAUGCGAUCGAUCUUAUUUCCACUUCCUUCCAACUGUUAGUUCAUCUUGAAUACUUAUUCUUUUUCCCGGCAAGAAAAAAGAUUGAAAAUGUUCUAGAAUGUGUGAUAGAGGAGAAAAGAAGAGCCCUAGAAAAGAAGGAAACAAGAGAAGUGCAUAGCCAAAUGGACAAAUUGAUUAUGGCAAGGGAUGAGAAUGGGAUGAAAUUAUACGAUAACAAUGCCAUUAUAGACUUGCUUCUUGGAUUGCUACAUGGUGGCCAUCAUACCCCAGCUUAUGCUGCUAUGUGGGCUCUCGUACACAUCUCUGAGAACCCUCAUAUCUUCUACGAGGCCAAGGAAGAGCAAGAGUCGAUUCUAAAGCAAAGACCAUCCACUCAAAAGGGAUUAACUUUUCAAGAAAUCAAGCAGAUGAAAUAUCUUAUGAAGUUUAUUAACGAACUGUUGAGAAGAAAUACCAUUGCCGUCGCAAGUUUCCGCAAAGCAAAAACAGAUAUAAACAUCAAUGACUACACCAUACCAAAGGGAUGGAACGUACUAAUUUGGACAAGAGCUAUUCAUAUGGACCCUCACUUAUAUUCAAAUCCACAAGAGUUUGAUCCUUCGAGAUGGGAGAAUCAUUCACCAAAGCCAGGAACAUUCAUCCCUUUUGGAAUCGGAACUAGGUUUUGUCCUGGAAGUGAACUUACCAAGCUUGAGAUUACAAUUUUACUUCAUCAUUUUAUCCUCAAUUACAAAAUGGAACGUGUCAAUCCAAAAUGCUACAUCAGUCACUUGCCUGCUCCCAAGCUCGUAGACAAUUGCCUUUGCACAAUUACCAAGCUCCCAUAG